UCCUACCGGUUUUCUAGUCAUCUCUUGGGGUGACCUUGGCCAAGUUAUCAAAUCCCCUAGCUGUACAUCUAGAUAACCAGAGAACACGUCACAUAUAUCGUUACAUUUUCUCCGCUCUUCUGUAUUUGAUGGUACACGUUUAGUUGUCUUAGGUUGGGCUGAUGAGUUGUUGCUCUAAUAAAACAACAUGAAGAUUCAAGUCUGCUGUCUGUCUUUUCUUGUUGGACUGUUGCUGGAUGGAUGCUGGGGACAAGACACCAGCCAAAUAACGUACCUGGCACUAGAACCAGGAAAUGUACCUGGAACAGGUCGGGUUGUUAUCCAGAUGGACUUUGAACCUGUCAACGGUUCAAUUUGCGACAAAUCUUGGACGAAUAAUGAGGCUCUUGUGGUUUGCAAGAUGUUAAAAUACAAUUCAGGUGUAGUGGCCGGUGCUAACGAGUUUGGCGAGGGCAGCCACAACUAUCUGCUGAGUGAGCCUGUAUGUGUCGGGACAGAACUCACCCUCUCCAAAUGCAUGCGUGCACCUAUCGUCAACUGCUCCUACACGGAUGCGGAAGUUGCUGUCAGAUGUAGCUCACCCGAUCCUGCUGGUGCUUUAACUGUCUUCAGCGUGUCGGGGUCUACAUACCCACGUGGUACACAGCCGCCACCAGCAGCAUUACCAGCUGUGGACAUACCAUCUCAGUGCUCAUCCGGUGCCAACAACGUCAGGCUACAUGGGGUUGCCGGAGUGCCAGGCAUGGGGUUCGUGCAGGUCUUGAAAGACAACAAAUGGCAGUUUGUUUGUGACGACAAGUGGAGCGAGAGGGACGCGAAGGUUGUGUGCAGGGAACUUUGUUACAACAAUAACGACACCUGCUGCCCUAGACCAGCUGUAGAGACCAGGUACCGCCCAGCUGUGCCCGCCACUGUGGACAUCGCGUGGGAUACGGUCGAGUGCACAGGGAGUGAGUCGAGCAUCUUUAACUGUAAGCACUCACUACCAAACACCAGGGGAUGCACGAGCAAGGAUCUGGCGGGCGUGCAGUGCGUCAUCACACCAGAAGUGGUCGUACCUCCACAACCUAUCUUUGACUGCACCUCCUACACCGGCAACAUGGUCCUGAGUUUCCCCCUCAAAGAUUUCCCAGACAUCACCAGCUCCAACGUCAUCAUUGUCAACCAGCCCAGCUGCACGGCUAGUCACAUCCAGCUGUCCAGCACCAGCUUCAACGUCACCAUCCCACACAGCAGCUGUGGGAGUACGGCCUAUAAAAACGGGACCAACAGAUGCUAUGAGAACGCUGUGGAGUACAUCUAUCAAAUCUCCCAGGGCAACCUUCUGCUUGACUUCCGCCGUCAUGUAUUUGACAUCAAAUGUUGUUUGCCGGAAGACAAGAACGUCUCCAUCAAGUUUGUGCCCAAGACAAUCUCAGAAUACUCGUCACUUCUCAGAUACUUCGAUUACGAUGCAGAGAUCCACUUUUAUCAGAACGAGAUGUGUGACGUCGUUAUCAACGACAACCCUUAUUCUAUAACCGUCGGCAACUGGGUGUAUGUGGGCGUGAAGGUCAAGGCCGAGUCCGAGUCACUGUUCAAGGACGAGGAGCUGAAGCUGGUUCUGCUGGGCUGUAGCGUCAACCCCAUUGGUGGACGGUCCAGCCUCAGCUACCCCGAGUACCCGCUCAUAGAGAACAAAUGCCCGGCGACGCUAAGUACCGUGACGGUGUAUCCCAUCAGCAACACAACCCAGGGGUUCCGCUUCAAGGCCUUCAAGUUCUUCGGCUACUCCACCGUCUACAUCACCUGUCAGCUCAGGGUCUGUCAGGCUACUGAUGAUAAACCGUACUGCGACAGAACGUGCAUCCAGAGCCGACGUAAGAGGGACGCUGGUCACCUGACAGAGGUCAACACGGUCAUCUCACAGACCCUCAACAUCCGGGACCUGGACGAGGACUCACCUUCCUAUGACCCUGACCUUGAACCAGUUUUUAGUCACGUGGCCCGCAAGACAAAAACACGGACCAUCCGGUCUGAGCUGGAUCCUAACAACAACAAACAAAGGCUCGUGUUUGAUUGGCUGCUUCUGCUAACGUUGGUCGGUCUAGUUAUCGCCAGAUUAAUAUAACUAAACAUUUAGCAGAUGUGUAUAUACACAAACAACAUAGGAUCGCAGUUCUAUAUAUUUACUUAGCACAUGCAUAUAUCAAUUUGCCAUAACAAAUAGUUUUUUAUCCGAAUUCGCC